CCUCCUGAUUGGCUCAGCUGGCUGAUUGGCUAAGAAUACUUACGUCCAUGGAUUGGCUCUAGAAAGCGGCGCGUAAUUUCAGAACCACUCUACACUACUUUACUAUUGUUCGUACGUGUUCCCCCUUACUUAUUCUGGCACUCACACCUCUGGCUUGGGUUUCGUCCAUAUAUUCUUACGUCCAUGAAUAAAGUCGGACGCCGUUCGUUCCAGCUCAUUCAAAAUGGAUCAGUAGUGAAAAGUAGCACGGUUAAACAAGGAAAAGUCUAAAUCACUAAAUAUGAGUCGAAGUAAGGGCUCCAUAUAUUCGAUUCCGAAUCCGGCAAAAUCUGUUCCACUGGUGUCAGAAGACAUGAUGGAGACAGGAAUUCCUGUUACGGAGAGUGCUACAGGUUCGACUUCAUAUACCUCGGAUGUUAAAGCAUCUGGACACAGUACCCCUAGAAGAAACGGUGAUCACUUGAUGUCCAAUAAUUUAGGCGACUCUCCUAAACUUGAAAGUUAUAGUCCAAUAUUUCUGCCGCUUACCCAAGAUGCUGUUGAUGUAGCAUGGGGUCCAGAUAGUCCGUUAACAAGGGCUCGUCGCCAUAAGGCUAAUGCUAGAAUGGAAAAUACUCCAAAGAAAUCUAGCUCAGUUCGGAAGAAACGCAUAGCUAAAUCUAAUUCUCCUUUACUUUACCCGCAAACAAAAAGAAAGUUAAUAAACGUUCAAAAUCCUGAACCUAUCAGAACGUUUGCAGCUGAAAUAAAGGCACUAACGGAAAGAAUACGAUUACAUAGGAAUAGCGAAGAAACGGUUUCUUCCAAGAGAGAUGUACAAAAUAUAGAAACUGAAUUAGAGAGUCAGUUAGUUGUAGAAAUGGAUACACAAAGUAAAAAAGAUAUGGAUAUUAAUGUUCAAGUGAUCGAUGUGACAGAAGAAUCGUAUGUAGACAAAGGACUCAACAAAGGUCAUUCCAACAGCUUUGAAGAUUUGUUUGAUGAUUCCAUUGAUGACUCAAUGGUCCGAUGCAGCCAAGAAAUAGAGGAGAAAAUAAAUAUAGGCUUAUCGAGUGUAGGAAACCCCAUCAUUGUGCAUCCCACUGUUGAUCCGAAGAACAAGGAGACCGCGGCUUUAAUGAUUCGCGACCUUCGUGUUGUUAUUCCGACUGACAGUAUGAUGGACAGUGUGGAAAAAUCAGGAACAAAAAGUGUGAUGAAAGGUGAUACUUAUAAAAAAUCGUCAACUUGUUUGACAAAACAAUUACCAACUUCAAAAGGUACAGUUGCAAAGCAACAUUCUAACGGCAGUACUUCAAGAUGUUCUAGAAGCACAGCAAAUUCAAAAAAUUCAAUUUUUGGUAAAACGAAUGGCUUAGAAUUUGAUUUUCCAGAUGACUCUUUUGAUGAUUGUUUAGCAGCGUGCGAGGAAGCUGAAAGUUUGCUAUGUAUGGAGUCAGGUACAUCGACAAGUUCUUCAAACCGAAGUAUCACACCAGAACGAUAUGGAAAGACUUAUAAAAAUAAUCAUUCAGCACUUUCAAAGGCUAACAUAUCCUUUAAAUCGAGUGAUUUCGUUCCGAAAAAACCAAGUUCCAGUUACAAAAUAAGCAAUGAGAAUCUAAACUUAAACAAAAGUAUUAAUAACAGUUAUUUAAAAACUAUUGAUUCAAGUAACAAUAACUUAGGAGCUGUUAAUUCAAGGAUGAAUAAAAGUCAAGAAACAGUGCCCGGUGAAAUCCUGAAAGACAGAAAGUUUUUCAAAACAAAAAGCCUUUCCGAUUCUCUUUCCCAUGGUCAGAGAAGUAAUAACAGUUCAUGUGAGAGAGUAACAACCUCACACUCUACACAUGUAACAAAAUCUUCCUCAAAUACAAAUUUAAAUCAGAAAAAUAAUUCUAGCGUACUGCAAAGAGCAGUAAGUGGCUCUUCCGUAAGUACGAACUGUCCCACGUUACGAGGUUGUAAUACCUAUAACAACACCAAUUUGACCUCGAUUAAUAGCAAUUCGAACGAAUGGCUGUUUAAUGUUAAUAGAUGUGCAGAAAAAGCAGAAAGUGUUUGCGGAAAUAGAUGCAAUUCUUCGAGCGAAGCCAAACAUGACAGGAAGGAGUCAAGCACCUCUCAAGUAGUUCAGUGUACUCCAGAAGAAAUUGAAAGGAAGCGCUUGGAAGCAAAGAUGAGACUGGAAGCAAAAAGAAAGAUGCAUUCAAACAUGAAGACACUUAAUAUCGAAUCCACUUCAGCAGUGAAGAUGCAAGUGAAAAGGUGAAAUUAGUGAAACUUAACUCUGGUAUUGUUUCCAAAUGGCUUGUACUUGGUACCAUUGUAAUACAAAGUGAGUGUUGAAAUAUUUCCAGUGAAUAGUGCGAUUCUAGUUUCCUAGGCUUUGCAGUGAUUGCUACCUUCCUGUCAGCCUACCGUGAAUGAGAAUUGUGCCUACAUGUUAUUUAUUUAUACGUCUGUUAACCAGUUUAAACAUUUCUAUCGUAUCAACUGUAUUUGCGGAAUUUUAUAUUACCAUUGGAUAGAUUAUCUAAUAUGAACUAAGUUCAAAGCUGCCUUUGUAAAUUGUUAAUUACAUUACUCGCAAGAAGUACCUGUCUCGAUACGAAUAUAAUGUCUCUUAAAUUAA